AUGGCCGACAAGAAGAUCGAAUCACCAGUCUCGGCUCAUAUAGAUCAUCUGCGUAAUCAUGGCGAGGAGAACAACGCCGUCUGGGACUCGGCAAUCGAGGAGGCACAGGCGGCAAAUAUCAACGAGCACAACAUGACCGUCCGACAGGCCCUGCGAUCGUAUCCCUGGGCAGUGGUCUGGUCUCUCACAAUCUCCAUGUCAAUCAUCAUGGAAGGAUACGACACGAAUUUGAUCGGCAGUUUCUACGGGUAUCCCGCCUUUCAAAAACAGUUCGGUGUAGAACAUGGUGAUGGCUACCAGGUGCCCCAGGCCUGGCAAUCAGCUCUAGGAGCAGGUGGAACAGCGGGUUGUAUUAUCGGAGCAUUCUUGAACGGUUACCUGGUUAAACAUUUUGGCUUCAAGAAAGUAUUCACAGGGGCCAUGUUUGUUAUGUGUGCGUUUAUUUUCGUGUCCUUCUUUGGUCACACGUUGGGUCUUCAAGUGGCUGGCCAAGUUCUCUCCGGUAUUCCAUGGGGCAUAUUUGCCACAAUCGGGCCCGCUUACUCUUCGGAGCUAUUGCCCAUGGCUCUGCGCUCUUAUCUCACGGCUUACACGAACAUGUGCUUCGCCAUCGGCCAGUUCAUCAGCGCCGGGGUUCUUCAGAGCCUGAUAAGUCGCGAUGACCAGUGGUCGUAUCGCAUACCGUAUGCUGUGCAGUGGAUCUGGCCCAUUCCGUUGUUCUUCAUCGGCGUCCUCAUGCCAGAGUCUCCCUGGUGGCAGGUGCGCCAUGGUUGGUACGAUGAGGCGUUGGCAACAGUCCAGCGCCUAACAGCAGGAGAGGAGAAGACCAAAGCCCGGCAGACUGUCGCGAUGAUGAUUCACACAAACGAAAUUGAGCAGGAAAUUGAAGCUGGUAGUUCCUACUGGGACUGCUUUCGCGGCAACAACCUUCGACGAACGGAAAUAAGCUGCAUGAGUUUCACCGGCCAAGUCUUAGCUGGCAGCCAGUUUGCCUAUACGGGGACUUAUUUCUUCGAGCAAGCAGGAAUGAGUCCAACAGACGCCUAUAAACUUGGCCUAGGUGGAACAGCAGUUGCCUUCGUGGGAACGAUUCUUUCCUGGUUCUUGAUGAAGAAUUUUGGUCGCCGGUCAAUGUAUCUGAGCGGCAUGGGGUUGAUGAGCUCCUAUCUUCUCAUCAUCGGAUUCUUGACGUCAAAGUCCAACAACAACGUCGUCUGGGCUCAAUCCGCCCUAUGCAUUGUCUGGCUCUUCACAUUUAGCUUGACAGUAGGACCGAUGGGCUGGAGUAUAGCCCCCGAAGUGUCGUCCACGCGACUACGCUCUAAAACAAUAUGCCUCGCACGCAACGCUUACUAUCUUGCCAUCACGGUGGCCAAUGUUAUUGAACCAUACAUGAUGAACCCAGCAGCCUGGAACUGGCGAGGCAGGACCGGUUUCUUCUGGUUUGUUUUCGCAUUCCUGACGUUUGCUUGGGGCUAUUUCCGUCUCCCUGAGACUAAGGGCCGUACAUUUGAGGAGCUUGAUAUUAUGUUCGCGGCGGGCGCGCCCACUCGGAAAUUUAGGAAGUAUCAUGUUGACCCGUAUGCAGAAAAUGUAGCGAUCAAGGACCGGGCGAGAGAAAGCCCACUGGAGAAGAGUAUUGAUAUGAUGAGCCCAUGUUAA